UGUAUAAUUUGUAAUGUAUAUUAGGAAUUAGAAAUGGCUACUGUCUAAUCUCAAACCCAGCAAUAUUUAAUGGGUCAUAGGUAUUCAACGGUAGUCAAAACUAUACAAGACAAUGCUCUAGUUAUUCGUGAUUUUACUUCGCUCUCUUAUGAUGGAUUAAUUAAGGCUGUAGAAGAGCUAAACAUCAUCCUAGAUGAUUUGGCAAAAUCAGAGAAAAAUGAUUUUCAGUUGUUAUUUGCUGUUUCAUCUGAUGAUACUAGCUAUUUAUGGAAGGCAUUAGUUAAGAUUACGUGUUGCAAGAUAAAUAAGACCACAAAUUCCAUUGAAACCGAGAAAUGUCUUGAUCUUCCACGAUUUCUGAGAAUAUAUCGCGAACUUAGUAAACGCUAUGCCAAAAAGAGUCAGUUAGUGCAGGAAGACAAUACAUCUGAGACUAAUGACGAUCUUACAAUAUCUCUCAUCCUCUCAAGAGUGGAUGAAAUACAGAGAGAGGUAGUGGAAGAGUGCUGUAUAUGUAUGGAGAGAAAUUCAGAUGUUUCAUUAGCAUGUGCUCAUAGUUAUUGUAAAGAAUGUAUUCAUCUUUGGUUUGAUGAACACAAUACCUGUCCCAUUUGUCGUGAGACGGUCGAGGGACGAAAGGAACUCUGGGUAUUAGCUGAUAAACCUAGCCAAAUCGAAAUAGCGGAUUAUGAGAUGGGCUUCAGUGAUGACCAUUGAUGUAAAUAUUUAUAGGAAAAACAAUUAAGAUAUAGUCUGUAAAUACUGCUGUUUAUUUGAGUAAUGCCUGUUUUUUUCGCUAUAGACAUUUAAAUUAUAAUACCAUACUUUUGA